GCUAGCUGGAUCGUCGGCUGCCACUUUCAACGACAGUAACCACGAAGACGCCAUGACGCGAUCAUCGCUUCCACUCUGGACUCGGUGCUCCAAGUUCUGUCUAGUCGCUGCGCUCUUCCUUGUCUUGACAGCAGCACAGCAAUGCCAUGGAGCCUACUAUGGGAAGCUGAUAGGAAGACUCUCUGAACUUCAUCACAAGGUUAGCGGUGAGGUUUAUGCAGUGGACGGAAGGACUCUCUAUAUCAAGGACUUUACCUACGACGGCGAAGGACCAGCCGCCUUCUUCUAUGCUGGAAACUCUAAGAAUCCCAAUGGCAAUGGGUUCAGGGUUCGCGAUGAACAUGGAACGACCAAUGUUCUCAAGCGGUACCGUAAAAAGGACAUAACCCUGACGUUGCCAGAGGGCAAGACCUUGAACAACAUUAAAUGGUUCUCAGUAUGGUGCGAUGAAUUCUCCGUGAAUUUCGGCGACGUGAAGAUCCCACGUGGCUUUGAUUACCCGCGACCUCAGAAAUUGGCUGCAUUGAACGGGGUCCACGGUGUCAGCUCAGAACCUGUGGUCGUCGUCGACGCUCAAACUUUGCUAAUUCCUGGAUUCAGCUACGACGGCGAAGCUCCUGACGCUAAAUUCUGGGUGGGUCCUGGACCAUCACCCACCCCUCAGGGAAUAAGAGUUCCCGACGAGAAUGGAAAAGUAGUUCCGUUACGUCGAUACGACAGGAAGACCAUUGUACUGACCUUACCCGAUGACCUUACCAUUCACCAGCUUGGACAUUUUGGCGUCUGGUGCGAAGCUUUCACUGUCGACUUUGGCCACGUGAAAAUUCCUCAGGGCUUGAACGUACCACCGUCGCUCAAGAUGCUUGGAGUUUCUCCUCAGUCCAAGCUCAAUUGCGAAGUUCUCGAGGACAAUCUGGCAUUCGAGGUGCGUUGGGCCGUCGCCGGAGACAGCAUAGUCAUUCAACUUGUCGGAAAACUCGAUGCUGGAAAAUACAUGUCCUUCGGACUGUCGCCGAAUACCGAAAGAAGUAUUAUGGUCGGUGGUGACGUUGUUGUCGCUUGGGUGGACAAACAGACUCUUCAGGGCUACGCCGUCGACUACUUCCUGGACGCGAAAUCACAAUGUUCCGGUGGACGCGGCAGCUGUCCCGACACUCGUAUACAGGAAAACACAAAUUCCGUACGUCUUCUGAAUGCAGCCAUGGUGAACGGCUACAGUAUAGUGACAUAUCAGAGACCCUUGAAGGCUAGUGACGAACUGGAUCAACGAGUCCGGACAAAUGGAUCGCAAGCUAUAAUCUGGGCUAUUGGUCCAUUAAAUGAGAGGAAUGAAGUUAGUUUUCAUAGUGAUUAUCUAAAGACAACCAAGCUUAUUGAAUUUGGAAGACCUCCAGCAUGGAACUGUCCAAUGCCUGAUCAGGAUCAGGAUCAAGAUCAUAAAUAUAACGAUAACGAAGAGAGAGAGAGUAAUGCUGAGACUCAUGCUGUAACUACCAGACCCCGUAAUAAACCAGCUACACCUGCUCCAGCAUCAAAGAAGGACGCUUGGUUUAUUCCACCAAUAGAGUGCGAUGAACCAGAAGAUGGCGUCUUGUAUGCCCAGCUAGGGCCCACUGGCGGUAAACAUGGCUACCCAGCGAUUACAGGUCACGUUGGCUGGGGAAUAUCAUGGUACAUAAAUGGUCUUUUGAUACCUGAGAUUAACGUAGUUCGAGGCAAGCAAUACACUUUUGUGGUCGAGGCUGGCUUAGAUCCGAAUAUUCCAGCACGUUAUCAUCCUUUCUAUAUUACUGAUGACCCGGUCGGUGGUUAUCAGCACAAAACUCCAGAAGAAAAGAAAGCUGUCAGAAUCUUCGCUGGGGUACGUCGUGAAAGAGGAGCAGUAAUACCAACAGGUGUAGGCCGUUAUUGUAAUUGGGUACCAGAUCAAGAUAAAGAAGCCGAUGAUUUCGGCUCGUUCGGUGCUUAUCAGCGAACUCUGACCUUGAUGUGCGAUCACGGUGCUCCUGGAAUCAUCCAGUGGACUCCCGAUAAGGAUACCCCCGAUACAGUUUACUACCAGUGCUUCACCCAUCGUUACCUUGGCUGGAAGAUCAACGUGCACGAUAGCUGCGACAGGAGUUCCAGUUCAGCCAGCGAGAUCAGCGAAGUCUACUCGGCGCCAGAUGCACAGGAAUCGGAUGACCUUGCUGAAGGAGCUAGCAUUCGUGUCUCGAGCAAGGUAACCCCCGGGCCCGAGUUCUUCGAGCAGCACCGGGAGUACAGUCCUCUACGUCGUCCCCCCGCAGUGACUAACCCUAGCCAAGGCAAACUAAGCUCCCAUACGCAACUAACCCGCUCGAACGUGCCGUACCUUCACAACUCAUACGACCGCUUUCAAUCGUUUGAAGAUCACGGGCAGAGGUCAGCCUACUCGCCGUCUGUCAUCACGCACGAGAGUCACAAGCACUCCCAAACGCUUCUAAUGCCUAACGAGGAAAGAUAUACGUACUUGAUGGCUCCGGAGAACGACCCAGGAAAUCAUACUCCGGCUGGCUAUAGAGAAUACGAUCAGGAGGAAUCUAAGCAAUCUAACCAGCAAUCUAAACUCGUUCCAGAUUCACGACCGAUCAUGAGCUACGGAGUGAAAUACUCGUAUCCCCAGGGACCUCCAACGUUAUAUAACAGAGCACCUCAACGAGCGAGUCAUCAAAAGCCUGCGCAGUUGAUGUUAAUGAUGAGGAGGCCUCUACAGAAACGUCGUCCCGUUCAACAGUCAUCCAGUCACCCUGGCUCGACGAUUCCGUUCACCGCGUUAACGGGUAAUAAUUAUGCCGAUUGGAAAAAACCGAUCUACCGUGGUACGCCUACACUCCAAGGACCCGUUGGUAAGACUAAACUCAUCAAGAUGGAGAACAAGCAGAGAGGAAAGAUGGAGGCGAAGAUAUCUCAGGUUGAUCGAAUGCAGUUUGAAGAACCCACCAUUUCUUCCCAAUCUUCCUCUAUGCUAAGUGCAGUUAAUUACGAGAAGCAGUCUCUAGCCAGGAACACAGGAUUCAAACCGGAAUCCAUUGUUGUGGAGGGAGGCUUCAAGCCGAUAAUCACGAAGUUGGAUAUCGCUCAAGAUAGAAAUACGGAACCACGUGAGGAUGACAGCUUUCCAGACAGCUUAGAGUAUCGACUUUUAGACAAUUUUGAACCUAUGUUCAUACCAUCGCCACCGGAUCGUAAUAGGAAUAAAAAAUUAAAGAAGAAGUCUCAGAUUCCACGAAAUAAGCCUCGACUGGAUGAAAUUGAUGACAUGGAAAUGGCUGCCGAUCGAUUGGAUUCCUAUUACUUACCACCAGCUGGAAUUGCUACUUCUAGAAUCGAUGAUCUUCCUGUUGGUACUUUGGUUACCUAUGAUGGUAAACAGGUUCAGGAUAUGAACCUCGCUAAAUCUAUACCGAGAGUCAAUGAACGUCCCAAAACUAGACUGUCGUCAGAUGUCCUCAGCAGGACACCACAGUUUGGUAGAUUCAAAGGAGAACUCCCACCACCUAUACCUGGUGACGUACGACCUGAGAAUAUUCCCCAGCUGAAUCCUGAACACUCCGAGAGACAAAUUGUACACGAUGAACUAUCUAUACCAAUGUAUUCGCCGCAGCCACGUAAAACCGGAAACACUAAAUUGACUCUGGUAGAAAGGGCUAAGAGGUCACCUCAAGAAGGUCUCGGAUUACACGACAACACUACAUACAAUCAUACGAAUACAAAUCAUAAUGAACACGGUCAUGAUCACACACUCUCGACCCUAGCUAGCACUGGAGACACGGUCCUUGCCAAUAUCGGAUAUAUUAUAUUGACAGCUGUUUUUUAUAUUAUCAUUUGAUCGGUAUGUAUAUUUAAAAAAAAAAACAAUUAUCGAUUCAUAAUUAAACUUAAUCCUUCUGAUGAGUAUUAUUCGUAUAAAUGGUCAGACCAGUUGCUAAUCUCGCUGCUUUCAAUUGUCGUGUUCACGUCAGUGGUGUAUUGCAGUAUGUAUAUCAAAUUCACUAACGAUAAUCCUUAGAGAACAGUAAGAGAAAUGAAAGAGUAUAAUACUCUCAUGCACAAACGAGUAUUGCACUCAUUGUAUCACAAGCUAUUCAUUCCCUUUGUGAGACGUCACAAGUUAUUUAUCUGCCUAGAAUAUGUACCUAUCAGUACUCUCUUUAGCUUUAUAGAACUCUCGCGCAAACGAAGGUGCCCAAGUACCGAAUACUAACUAGGAUACUACUAAUCCAUAAUUAUUGCAUACAAUGCAUAUCUUUAAGUGAUAUUAUCCUGGGAAGUCUUAUUUCAUUAACCAGGUACUAUCGUACACAUAGAGUCCAUGUAGGGGUAUAAUUGGGCGCGUACAAAUCAUGCAAAGUAACGUUAAAUUGUAACACCAGAUUGUUAAGUUUGCCGACAUAAUUGUACAUAGGUUUAAAUGCUUGUUAAUAAAGAAACCUUUUCAGGAA